AUGAGGUACACAAUUGCUCUUGGCGCGCUCGUCAGCGCAGCAGUCGCCCAAACAGCCGGACCUUGGGAGCAAUGUGGCGGCCAGGGCUGGAAUGGAGCAAAGACCUGCUCUGCCGGGUACACUUGCACCUUUUCGAACCAGUGGUAUAGCCAAUGCCUUCCCGGCUCUGGCCCGCCCCCGGCCGGAACUACACUGACGACAGUCACUUCCCGUACGUCCUCAUCCACGAGCAAACCGACCUCAACUCCCGCUCCCGGCGGUGGCUGGAAGUGGUUCGGUGUCAACGAGGCCGGUGGCGAGUUCGGCGAGAAGACGCUUCCGGGUACCUGGGGCAAGGAGUUCAUCUUCCCAGACCCUGCCACUAUCACCACCCUCCGUGGCCAGGGUUACAACACCUUCCGUGUGCAGCUUAAGAUGGAGCGCCUGACCCCUAACUCCCUGACUGCGGCCUUCAACACGGCCUACCUCCAGAACCUGACCCAGGUAGUUAACCACAUCACCCAGAGCGGUGGCUGGGCUGUCCUGGACCCUCACAACUACGGCCGAUUCUAUGACAACAUCAUCACCGAUACUGCUGGUUUCCAGACGUGGUGGAAAAACUUUGCAAACCAGUUCAAGGGCAACGACAAGGUCGUAUUCGACACGAACAACGAGUACCACACCAUGGACCAGACGCUGGUGCUCAACCUCAACCAAGCGGCCAUCAACGGCAUCCGCUCUACAGGAGCUACCCAGUACAUCUUUGUCGAAGGAAACCAGUGGUCUGGUGCUUGGUCAUGGACUAAUGUGAACGACAACAUGAAGGCCCUUACAGACCCCCAGAACAAGCUUGUAUAUGAGAUGCAUCAGUAUCUUGACUCGGACAGCUCCGGAACCUCAGAGGCCUGUGUGUCGACGACCAUUGGCGUCGAGAGAGUUCAAGCUGCGACCAACUGGCUUAGGCAGAAUGGAAAGGUUGGCAUCUUGGGAGAAUUCGCCGGAGGUGCGAACCCUCAGUGCCAGACUGCAGUUAAGGGUCUGUUGGAUUAUCUCAAGGCAAACAGCGAUGUUUGGACGGGUGCGCUGUGGUGGGCUGCUGGCCCUUGGUGGGGCACAUACAUGUACAACUUCGAGCCUCCCACUGGUACUGGAUACCAGUACUACAACAGCCUGCUCAAGAACUACGUCGCCUAA